GACCUCGAGCCCCAGGAAGGGUGGUUUUUUCUUGAAGCUCUGGGGUGAGGAGGUGGAAGGGGGGCCGGUUGUAAGUCUCAGCCGGGGCUGGGAACCUGCGAUCCGCCUGUGGUGCCUCCUACCUGUCACGCCUCCUCUUGCCCCGUGACGCCCUUCCCUCUGCACUUGGCUACUUGGCCACACGGCCUUGUUGCCCCUCCCGCCGUCCCUUGGCCCGGCCGGCGGCGGCCUGCCCCCCCUGCGGUUUGUGACGCUCCAGCGCAGCCUCACCUGUGACCCCAGAUGUGAGAGGUGGGGCAGGUGCAACGCCUGCGGGGCGGAGAGUCGGGCUUCUGGACGAGCUGGGGCAAGGCCAGUUCUCGGGUGGCUGCUGUGUGGUCGCAACCCGCAGGCCUUGUUACCAGGCCGGCCAGGCAGGGGAAGGCGCUAUCGAUGACCCCACUUGGACAGAAUUAAGCGUCUUUUCAUUAUGGCUCCUGGUAGACUGGAACAUUAAAAAAUGCAAAUUACAAUGGAUUAUACACACCUGCCUUUCGACAGAUUGUUGGUGUAUUGCACGAUGCAGGACUUGUUUGGUGUCAGCAUGGUUGUCCCUUUAUUGAGUCUUCAUGUCAAGUCUCUUGGAGCAAGUCCAACAGUUGCUGGCGUAGUAGGCUCCUCCUAUGGCAUUUUGCAGCUCUUCUCCAGCGCAGUGGUGGGUCACAUUUGGGGGCAUUUCCAUGGUGGUGGUGAUUUUGCAGUGAGUCAGACCUUGGCUGUUCCUUGCUUUCCUCAGGGCUGCUGGAGCGAUGUGGUCGGAAGGCGGUCGUCUUUGCUGGCAUGCAUUCUGCUCAGUGCCUUGGGUUAUCUUAUUCUUGGAGCAUCUACCAGUGUGUUCCUGUUUGCCCUUGCUAGAGUUCCUGUGGGUAUUUUUAAACACACUCUCUCCAUUUCAAGGGCUCUGCUUUCUGAUCUGGUUGCAGAGAAGGAACGGCCACUAGUAAUUGGACGAUUCAAUACAGCAUCCAGUGUGGGCUUCAUCUUGGGCCCCAUGGUCGGUGGAUAUCUCACUGAAUUAGAUGAUGGAUUUUAUCUAACAGCCUUCAUCUGUUUUUCUGUCUUCAUUCUCAAUGCUGGUCUCGUUUGGCUAUUUCCAUGGAGUGAAGUAAAACUCAACAGUACGAAGCAUGGCCUGCGACUGGGUAAGAGCCAUGCACUUUUGGGCAAGACGGACCGUGAGGUGCAGGAAGCAGCCACCCGCCGUGGGACCACAGUGAGUGGGAAGCCUGCCCGGCUGCCCUGGAUGGAAGUCGUGUCAACGUUGCGGGACAUGAAGAGCCUGAUCGUUUCUGAAAUGUGGGACAUAUUUCUUGUGCGCUUGCUGAUGGGGGUGGCGGUCAUGCUGUACUACAGUAACUUUGUCUUGGCCCUCGAGGAGCGCUUUGGGGUGAGGCCCAAGACGACGGGCUACCUCAUCAGUUACAGCAGCGCCCUGGGGGCCCUGGCUGGCUUCACCCUGGGGCCCAUCCUGCGUCUGUACAAGCACAAUUCCCACGCAGUCCUGCUGCACUCCAGCGUGCUCACCUUCACGCUGCUGUUGCUCUACUCAACGGCCCACACCAUGGGCAUUGUCGUCUUCUCCUCCACGCUCCUGUCCUUCUCCACUGCCAUUGGCAGGACUUGCAUCACGGACCUCCAGCUGACCGUGGGCGGGGCCCAGGCCAGUGGCACCCUCAUCGGCAUGGGGCAGUCUGUGACGGCCGUGGGCCGGGUCAUCGCCCCCCUCCUCUCGGGAGUGGCCCAGGAGGUUAGCCCUUGUGGCCCUCCCAGCCUGGGGGCUGCCUUAGCCUUGGUGGCUAUUAUCGUAAUGUCAGUAAGCAGACCUCGCUGUGGUGGUGAUGGGAGUGAUAAAUUAAAAAGUGAGUAGACUGGAUUUGGACAACAGAAGGCAUCAAUCUGAGUGUUGGUGAGGGACAGAGGCUGUGGUGAGAGCGUGCUUUGGGGAGGGCAGGUGGUGUCAGUGAAAUCACUUCCUUCCGGGUGGGUGUCCUUUGUUGGUCACGUCCAGGUCAGCCCUCAGCUCUGCAUUUAGGCCUGUGCGAUGAUCAGGAAGUCACAACGGCCCGGAGGAAGAUUAGGAUUGCAGCAAAGCUUCGCCAAAGGGGAAGGUAUUUUAUGUCUACCUGAGAGUCUCCUCUUCCCACCUGGGCCGCUGAGGUUAAAAUUUUCAAGGGGAAAAAGCUGCCAGCUGCAGGGUAGGGAAACAGUGGUGGGAUGACAGAACGUGAUAUAUAUGCAAGAGGAGACCACAAGGAUUUCCCAACUAGGUAAGGAUAGGGUAACAGUUAAUAAAAUGUCAACCAGCUGGGACACGGGUUUCCUGUUCAAUUCCAUAAGCUAAGAGGGAGCUUUUCUGCUGUCAGAAUCCUAGAGCUUGAAGAAGCUGCCUUAUUAAACCCAGCCUGUUGCUUUCACAAGUCCUAACAAGGUUAUGAAUGGUUCCACCUGGGCAGCUGGUUAAAAAUCAGAUGCGCGGCCUCACGCCUGAGCCUGAGUCCGUGGGCCUCCGUGAGGCCAGAAAUCUAGUGUAUUUCGUAAGCGCCACUUCCAUGGAGGUAGAAAAAGGGAGAUUCUGAGACGUACUAGUUUUGAUUAAAGCAAAAGCCAGAGACUUGAUUGUUUUUGUUGAUAGCUAACUCAGUUUGAACUGUCUGUUAAAAUUAUGCACAGUGUGUUACAUUUUCCCCAGCUCUUAGCAGUUAUACCUCGUAACAGGAGAAGCAGGUUCCUGGGGCCUGCUCCCUGUGUCCAUUCGCUCUGAGGCCACACGCUGCGAGGAGCUGAGCUUGUCAGUCUGAGCCCAUCUGCCUGGGUGUUGGGCCUGAUGAUCUGCUCCCAGAAGCCGGCGCUCCUUCGGGCGGCAGCAGCCUGGGGGUGAUGGGAGCCCGGUGGAGAAGCCAAAGCGCAGGAAUGCUUUUAAGACGAACAUUUCAUGCAGAGUAAGGAGGAGAGUCAGGGGUCAUACGAUAUCAGUGGCAACUUAUUCGACAGUGUCGUGUGUUGAAAAUCGUUUCCUUUAUCUCACUUCACUGUCACACCUGCAAACAGAAGAGCCAUGUCAUCUACAGGGAAGUGUUUUGGGCCUUGUCCUGGGCCUGAAUUGCCACUCCAGAAGCAGCCCCGAGGGGCCAGCCGAGGGCAGCACCGGCUCGCAGGGAGGACGUGCAGGGUACUUGCUGGCUGUUUGGAUGACAAUUACUAAUAAAAAUUAUUUAGGGGCUCCCUCUCUUUUCCCCACGCAGAUGACCAAUGCCCAGAUUCUUUCAGUCCUCUAAUGAGUCCACUGGGAUAUCAUUCCUGUUUCCAACCUAACACGGAUAUAAUUGUAAAUGGUAUUUUAAUAUGCUAAUUUGUUAUAACUUUAAUACUGUAUGUAAAGCAGAAAAAAUAUUUCCAUAGUUUUAGAAGUUGUAUAUGGGGUAAACUCAAAUAUUUGUGAUAGAGAAUUAAUUGGAGGUUUGAAAGUUCUCCUUUUCCUGUCUAGCUACAAGAAAAGUAUUAACUUUUUAUUAAAUAUUGUAAUUGUGGACUUUUAUACAAGUGCUAAGUGCUUUUAAAGUGACCGAAAUAUGAUGUAAAAUGGCCUUGCCCUUAAGGAGCAUAUCAAAUUGUGGUGGAAGUUAGACUCAAAAGGACAGUAAAUAAGAGUUUAUGCAGCAAAGUAGAACUUCAGAAGAAUUUUCUCCAAAAUUUGUCUUUUUUUCAUUUUCAGAAAUAGGCAAGUUUCUUAGAUGAUCUUAAAUAUAACCAUGUUUUUAUUUUUAAAAUCACAGCACUUUGUGAAGUUAAAAAAAGCCUAUAAACUUAGUGAGGCUCUAUAAUUAAUCAUACACAUGGAAAUACUAAGAGCUGAAGAUUGAUCUUAGUAUAAGUAGGGAAACGUUUUUGUUAUUUUCCACUCCUGAUGUUAGUAUUUUGUUCCUGUGAUUUUUUUAGAUAAAUAUUUUCUUAUGGUUCCUCUUAAACAGCCUGAUGUGUUGCUCCUUAAAGUGUGGUCUGGGACCAGAGCGUCAGCUUCCCUGGGGCUUGUCAGACAUGCAGACAGGUCCCCCUCAGACCUGCGGGGACUGUUGUCACAAGGUUCCUAGCUGCUUUGUGUGCAUGGUAAAGUUUGAAGCCCACUGGUCUAAUGGACAGUGUUUGUAUAGUUUAUGGAAUAUGAUCUCAGGGAAAUUAAAUCUGCUCAAUUAAAGUUUGCGUUGUUUUGUUUUUGAAAUUCUCUAGAGUAAUUUCUGUAAGGGGCCAGCCCUGGUGGCCUAGUGGUUACCAUUCGAUGUUCUCACCACUAUGGCCUGGGUUUGUGCCCCAGUCAGGGAACCACACCACCUGUCUGUCCGUUGUCAUACUGUCAUAAUGGCUGCGUGUUGCUGUGAUGCUGAAAACUCUGCCACCAGGACUUCAAAUACCAGCAGGGUCACCCGUGGUGGACAGGUUUCAGCAGAGCUUCCAGACUAGACAGACUAGGAAGAAGGACCUGGCCAUCCACUUCCGGGAAAAUUGGCACUGAAAACCUCAUGAAUAGCAGUGGAGCAUUGUCUGAUACAGCGCUGGAAGGGGACUGAGCAGGGUUCCGUUCUGCUGUCCACAGGGGCACUGGGAGUCGGAAUCCACUCAACAGCACUAACAACAAAACUUGUGUAAUUCUUCCUAAUGUAUUAGCCUGAGCCACGUGAAAUUGCUCUUUUUAUAGGUUACAAAUGUCUGCAGUUUAAUGUGCUUCAACUUAAUAUUAUAUGGAAUCUUAUUUUAGAGGCAUUGAACUUGCCUGAGAAGUUUAUAAAGGAAAUGGUCCUUUUCCACAAAGAGAAAGUGCAUCUCUGCCCUCGUGUCCAGAGGGAUGAGCAAGAUUCAGAAGGGGAGCAGGGAAUGACUGGCGGUGGGAGUAACAGUGCAGGGCUCCAAAUCCCAGGCCGUGGGCCUCCUGGAGCAGUGAAGUCUGGCAAGAGUUAUGCCUGGAGCAAACGAAAAGGGCUAGAAACAGUGGUUCUCUACCCUGGCUGCCAUAUUAGGGUCCCCCGAUGUCCAGAGCCUGCCCUAGAGCUCGGGAGCCAGACUCUGAAGUGCCCCAGGUGUUUCUAAUGUGCACCCAGAAUUGAGAAUCACUGGGACAGGCCAUGAAGGGCCUCAUCGACCACACUCUGGUGAGCUUUCAUUCUGACAGGUGGGGAGCCCCAAAAAUUCCUGCCGGAGAGUGCUCUAAGGACCUUCAUGCUUGAGAAAGAGCCCUUUGGCCACAGCAAGGAGGAGUGAUUGGAGGCCGAGAGAGUCUGGACUUUGGGGUCAGUAAUCCAGAGGGGCAUGAGGGAGAGCUUGUCCCUGGGAUUCAGGGAAGCGGGUCGGAGAGGAGGGAGGGGACAAAAUCCGAGAGGCCUGGUGACUCGCAGGUUGUGGCCUCCAGAGAGAUUCCCGGGGGCCUGUGGUGACACCCAGGUGUCUGGUCUAGCAGAGCUCAGGCAGGGUAAGAAAGUCUGGUAAUGAGUGUUGAGCACAUUCUAGCCCCGUCCUGUGUUAGCUGGCGGAGAAUGUGUGGGCAUUUGUGGGAGUUCAUUCCCCGAACAUUCAGAACAUCAAGAAGGCGUCUUUUCCUGGACACUUCUGUCAGAUAUGUAAAAAUCUGUUGGGAGUGAGAGUCAGUCCACUAUAGGGAAAAUUUCAGGCAUUUGGGCAGCUGCUGUGGGAGAAUAGCUCUUGAUUUGGAAUACACAGUGAGAGCCGAUGUGGGAUUCUCCAUGCCCUGUUCGCCUAGAAGCUAACCUCAGCCUUUACGAAGUCUCUGAAAGAAGGUGACCACAGAUCUAGCCAGGCUGAUGUAUCAUGCAGCUCUUCUCGGAACGGUGAUGGACUUACAAAACUAUUUUUCAGCCUCAAAUUUUUUUUCCUGAAGAACUUGCCAGUUAUAUAACAAUUUUCUUUAAUAGUAAAAUCUCUUUAAAAUUGUAAUAAAGUGUUAUGAUUUCUUCUAAUAAGUUGUAAUUUUUAGAAGUCAUUGUUGUGUCCUGAUGUUUAUUUUAAUUCAGGGUCCUGAAGUGCUUGAAAAUUUUAACCUCCUUUGUGCUAAAAUGUAUCUUAAUAGUAAACACAACAAGCCUUUGGCAUGUAAAACCAUAUGCUAAUACCAAAUAUAGACAUAAUCUGAAAUUUAUUCUACACUGAUGUCAAGCAAAUAGUUUCAAGAUAACAUCUCAUCAUGGUCCAAUUUAUUUCUCAUCAAGUGCACAAAUACUAACUUAUUUUUAAAACAUUUUACUUUAGAUCUCUCGUUUUAUCCAGAUUGUCUAAACUGACCAUUUUACAAAUAGUUGACUGGGAAAACAAUAAAAAUAAAAUUUCUACUGUU